AUGUCGUUUAUCCAUACUGCAUCCGUAGAAUGCGCCAAAUCAGAACUGGAUCUUUUUGAAAUAAAGCCUACUCAGACCAGCAUAGAAAAAAGCCUGUAUGUGGAAGUACAACCGUUGGCCGCCAUUUCGGAAACUUCACCACUCGAAUUCUACAUAGCAGGAAGCGGUGAACAUUAUUUCGAUUUGAAUAACACGCUGUUGUACAUUACGUGUAAAAUUGUUAAAAAUGACAAUACGCCGAUUGCAGAUGGAGCACGAGUGAGUCUAAUCAACUACCCGAUAGCGACACUGUUUAAUCAGCUAGAUGUUACACUCGGGGAUAGGCUGAUAUCACAAUCUAAUAAUCUCUACGCUUACCGAGCCUACAUUGAAACACUGCUCAAUUACAGCGCUGAUGCUUUAUCAACUCAGUUUACAGCCGGAUUAUUUUACAAGGAUACUGCGGGAAAACAUCAAGACAGAGUUUUGGAUGGUGACAACACAGGAUUUACAAAGCGGGCACAUAUGACAGCACGCAAAACAUCCAUAAAAAGUACAAAAACCUCAGAAGUUUCUGAUGCAUGUACAGGCAUUAGCCGCUUACCAACGGCGGAUCACGGUCGUAAGACAUACAGCGCGAAUGCCGGAGAACGCAGGGACUGCAACCCGCAUAAAUUAAAACAGGCAUCAAAGUUGUCUUUAACCCGGAGCCGCUCUACAAGAGAUAUUACAGUCACACGUGAUGACGAACAACCGUCAACAUCUACCUCAGGGGUUUUAAGGCAGCGUCCAUCUAGUGCGACAUGUGUAGCAAAGGAGCCUCUACAAAUACAGUCAUUAAACACAACAAAACAUACAUUUUGGGGUAAGUCAGCUGUCACAUCACCAGUCAAUGUAUCAGGGUGUCGACAUUUCACUGUAGCAUCAAAUAUACCUGUGAAACAAUCCAUUACCCCUGUAAAUGUUCCUAUACAACCAAUCCCUAAGAAAAGUAGAACUGUUUUACAGGAUAUAACACAAGCCACCAGCAACGAUAACAAUAUACAUAGAGGAACUACAUCAUUGACAUCCAGAAAUACCUCUGUAAAGGUGCCAACACCACCGCCACCUAAGAAAAGUAGAUAUGACAGCAAAAACACACACAUUUAUACAGAGACCACAUCACCUCUUGAUGUUAGAAAAUGUAUGUUGUGGUUCACGCGUUCUGCUCCUUUAUGGUUUGAAGUCAAGGAUGCGGUAGACCAUACAAUCAAUGAAAUACUCAAAAUAGUGCAUAAUGCUGCUCUUUUAAAGCAAAGCAGGCCUCUGAGUCUAAAACUUUACGCCGCUAGGCGCCCAUUUAGUAUUGGCCAUUCAUUGUUAUCCCACGAUGGCCGUGACAGUCCAUUGGGAAUAAGAGGUCUUAUACCAAACCAUAAAUUACCCCGUGACAACGUCGGUGAUUUAUUACAGUGGUUUUUAAGGGAAUUUGGUUUUUGGUUCGCUUUAGAAACCUUUAUUGACUCUGUAAUUAGUGAGAUCCGUAACAUUGUUAUUGUGACUGAUGAUGAGCUUAGACAAACUCAUUUUUUAAACCGUUUAGAAAGACUUGACCGUGCUACCGAUGCCUUUCGUUCAGGUCUAAAUUUACUGACCCCCGCGUGA